AUGGAGGACACAGCCACUCGGCUGGAGAGGGAGCAUGUGCACAGCGUCUAUGAGAAGAUUGCUCCCUAUUUUAACGACAGCCGCGACAAGGCCUGGCCCAAGGUGCGCCAGUUCCUACUGGAGCAUGAGCCUGGCAGUAUCAUCGCUGACGUGGGCUGUGGCAAUGGCAAGUACCUGCACGUCAAUGGCAGUGUGUUCAAGCUGGGCUGUGACAUGUGUCUCCCCCUUGUGGACUCAGCUCGGAGCCAGGGCCACGAGGUGCAGCUGUGUGACUGCCUCAGGCUGCCCUACAGGGACAGCUGCUUUUACGGCGUCCUUUCCAUCGCAGAACGGUGUUGGUGUGGGUUUAAAUCCAGUCCAUCAGGGUUGGCGUCAAUUCAAGAAGAAGAGAUGGCCUGCAAUCCCCAGCAGAGCCAGAGGCUGUGGUUCUUCUCGCGCUCCCUGGACUCAGUCUUUGACUUUGGCAGUCUGACCAUCUCCAGGGCCAACGACAACCACUCCCUCUCCACAGAGAAGACCAGUGUCUUACAGCCUUGGUCCAGGGGUGUGGCUCGAUGGCCCUGCCUGACUUGGUCACCUCCUACCAGAUGGAGCACACAGAGGGACCAGGGCAGCCAGGGGAGAGGGAAGCAGGCCCACCAGGAGACCUCAAACAGGACAGCAGUCAGAGCCCCCAGGAACAGUGAAGGGGAGCCGGAGGCUGCCUCUUGUCUGUGCUAUUACCACGUGUUCCGGGAGGGCGAGCUGGCGGAGCUGAUCAAGAGCCACGUCGAAGAGCUCCGCGUCCUUUCCUCCUGCUUCGACCAUGCCAACUGGUGCGUGGUGGCCGAGAAGGUCCAGGUUUGGAAGAUAUGACUUGGUUUUAAUAAGUUUGAUUUGUAUUUUUUUAUAAUUUAUUCAUUUUGCACCUCAAAUGUGCAACACUUUUUAAAAGAUAUUUUGAAUGUACUGUUCACAUUCUUACUGUGUUUUAAGAGUUACUGUGUUUCGCAAAUUUAAUAGCACCUAAUAAGCAGUAUCCAGAGGGCCAGGAUACUGCGUCCCAAAUGGCACCCAAAUGACUGCGUCCCAAAUGGCACUCUAUUCCCAAGACUUCUAUCCUCAGUUCCAAUGCUGCUAUCGUUGGACCACCAAUAACAAUCAAUGAAACAUGUCUGCCAAGGAUCUGCCUCAUUUCAGUUUUCCCCUCCAAACUUUUGCUCUUCUGUUUUUAGCCACAACCCUUGAGACCAUUAGUGGUGGAAUUCAGGCUGUAUUUGUCUUCAAAUGUUCCACAAUAUACAAGGGGAAUCAACCUUGCAGCAACGUUCUGUGAUGUGUUGGUAUCCCUUUCUAUGGACCACCUGUGUAUAAUGGGUCAUGUUCUAAGGAGCCAUGUGCUGUUAUUAAGAAUUCUUAAGGCAAGUGCUAUAUAAUUUCAAUACUGUCUGUGUGAUUUGUGUUAAUAUUUUGUCCAGCUGAACUAAUAAUUUUUUGGUCAAAUGAACAGACACAUCCUAGAUGAUACUGUGAAAUGUUGCAUUGUAUGUAUGUUGCUGCUUGCUGAAUGUCAGUGGUUCGCACAUGAAUAGCUCUUGGGAAAACUUGAAACAUGUCUGUAGUCAGUGAACCAGGGAGGUUGCCUGUCAGUGCAGUGCAACUGUUCUAGACCCACUUCUAUGUUACUGGUAAAGAGAUGGAUAUCACCCUAGCAUACAUAAAAUGUAAGGUUUACUUUUUAAAAGUGAACAUUUUUAAGUAUAAUUUGUUCGUGUAUGAUU